AUGUGGUAUAUAUGGAAGGCGAGGAAUGCUCGUGUAUUUGAGAAUGUUAUAGACAAGCCAGAGGAUGUUGUUAGGUUAGCGGUGGGGGAGGCGUCCACAUGGUUACAAGCUCAGGCAGAUGAUGGGGAUGAGGUUUUCUCCCAACUUCCCAGUGCCUCUGGUGCUUGGGAACUGGGAUGCGGGGGUUACAUGUCUACGGAUGUUUCGCCGACGAGGGGUGCCGCCAAUUUCCGCCGUAGUCUUUUCCCAUUGCAUGCUGAAGUAGAAGCUUUUGUUUGGUUUUUGCGGUGCAUGAUUGGUCAUGACUAUCGAGAUGUAGCUUUUUAUACAGAUUGCUCAGACUUGGUGAAAAUGGUGUCUUCUCCUCAAGACUGGCCGGCUUUCAAGACAUACCUUGACGAUAUGAAGAUGGAUAGGAAGGAGUUUUCGUCUUUAUCUUUAUCUCUAAUCUCAAGAAAUACUAAUGAUCGAAACCGGAAAAUCAGUGGGUUCACCUCGAAUCCUUUGAUUUUUCCGGCUAAAACUGGUGGGUUUUUGGUUGAGGUAGGCGAUGGCCACUGCGAUCGGCUUGACACUAGUGGAUUUGAGACAAGUAUGCCUGUGAUUGGCUUUGGAUCAAACAAUGAGAUGUUUGAUGGGGUUUCGUCUGUACCUUCGUUUGAUCUUCCUCGAACAACUGAUUUCGAUGGGUUUCAGAAGAAAUCUGUAGAGAUGGUGAAGCCCGCAAAGGGUACAACUACACUUGCGUUUAUCUUUAAAGAAGGUGUUAUGGUAGCUGCUGAUUCUCGAGCUAGCAUGGGAGGAUACAUCUCGUCCCCGUCUAUGAAGAUUAUUGAAAUUAAUCCUUAUAUGCUUGGUACAAUGGCUGGUGGAGCUGCUGAUUGCCAAUUCUGGCAUAGAAACUUGGGAAUUAAGUGUCGUCUACAUGAGCUGGCAAACAAAAGGAGAAUCUCUGUUUCGGGAGCUUCAAAGCUUCUUGCUAACAUGCUCUACUCAUACCGUGGAAUGAGACUUUCUGUUGGCACAAUGAUUGCUGGAUGGGAUGAAACAGUCAGUACCUCAAUCUUUAUAUCCUAACCGUUAUUUCCUUUCCGGUCUAUAGUUUCACACAGCAAAGCGAAAUGUUGAGAUGCUUAUGGUGGAAGACUUAAGGAAGACAGAUUCUCUGUUGGUUCCGGUUCACCAUACGCUUACAGUGUUCUCGAUAGCGGAUACAAAUUCAAUAUGUCGAUUGAAGAAGCCUCAGAGUUAGCAAGGAGAUCAAUCUACCAUGCUACAGUUCCCUUUGGAGAACCUGUCACAGAUCUUGGUCUUGUAGUUGCUCCAAGGAUGUGGUUUCCCUUCAGAAACACCAAUCUCUGUUGCAAACACUUGGUCAAACUUUCUGACACUUUAGCUAGCUCCAAUCUGCUUAGAAUGCACUAUAGGUCACUUGGUCGGGACUAUUGUUGAGCAUUGAAAAUUUGGUCUCAACGCCUUGAGUUGACAUACGUGUUUAUAUUAAUCAUACCGCCAAUCAAGCAAUUCCAGUAUGUUGACUGGUCACAAAGGCUAUUGGCUUAUGUUUAAAUGGUGGAUUGGCCAGUUAUAUUAGUAGAAUUCAUCAAGAUUUUUGGA